AUGGGAAAUGAAGGUGGCUCAAUGCCGUCAGGCUACGAUAAGAAUGGAGCAGAAACCCCUGCAUCACCUUUGUCUGUGCUUAAGUUAUCAAAUAUGCCAUCUCCUACCAAGCAGAAUCGAGAACAUGAUCAAGUUAGAAAAUAUGAACAAACACCACAAAUAAUACACAAUAGGGUACCAGACGAAGAAGAUGAAAAGCAUGGAAAGUUAAUCUCGACAGAAAGAAAAAAUCCAGACGACUUUGGUUUCGAUAUUGUCCUUGAUGACGACUUAGUGCUUAAUCAAUAUCAAACUACAAGUAAGGGUCAUAACAAAGAGAAGAUAAAGAAAGCAGGUGAAUUAGCAUUGGUUUUUUUAGAUACUAGAAAAUCAUUAAUGGCUGAUCAGAAUAUAGUAGAUCCAAUAAACAAUGCGUCUAAUUUUGAUAAUAAUGGGUAUAUACGCAAACAGGAAGAAGGACAGGGAGCAAAUGCACAUAGAAUAACUAGAAGUACAAUAAUUAGGGCCGAAAAAGUCAAGUCUAUGAUAGG